AUGAUCUGCGACGUCGCAGAGGUGGGGAAAGUGAAGAAUGCUAAGAGUUUGGUUCCGAGAGAAAGCUUCAAACACAUCGUGAAGGCGUGCGAAUGCCCUCUCUAUUGGAAAAUGCCUUUAUUCCUGGCCACACAACAGAAUCUCCACGUUCCUGUUGAUGGGCACAAAUUCAUCGAUUUUUGGAGAGAGAUGACGUCACAAUGCCACGACCAUGCGUCGCGGUUCGUUUACAUCCUCACGCGAGGGAAGAGUAACACGCUGGCCCCAGAGGACUUUGUACCCCUGGUGCAGGACGUGGUGGACACACACCCUGGACUUUCCUUCUUGAAGGAGGCAACAGAAUUCCACUCUAGAUAUGUGCAUACUGUGAUUGCGAGGAUAUUUUACUGCGUGAAUCGAUCGUGGUCUGGAAGAAUAUCCAUACCGGAGCUGAGGAGAUCGAACCUGCUUCAAGUAAUCCAGCUUCUAGAGGACGAGGAAGAUAUCAAUCAAGUUACGCAAUAUUUUAGUUAUGAGCACUUCUACGUCAUCUACUGUAAGUUCUGGGAGCUGGACAGAGAUCACGACUUGUUCAUUGACCGGCACGACCUCGCGAGGCAUAACGACCAUGCACUAUCGAGCCGAAUGAUCGAACGGGUGCUGUCAGGCUGCGUGACACGCGGCAACCAGAACCGGCUGACGCCCGACGGAGAGCCGCGCAUGUCCUACACAGAGUUCGUGUGGUUCCUAUUCGCUGAGGAGGACAAGACGCAUCCCACCGCCAUUGAAUACUGGUUCAGAUGCAUGGACUUGGACGGCGACGGGUACAUCUCCAUGUACGAACUGGAGUACUUCUACGAGGAGCAGAUGCAGCGCAUGGAAGCCAUCGGCAUCGAGACACUGCCCUUCAACGACUGUUUAUGUCAGAUGUUGGAUAUGGUGCACCCAGCGGAGGAGGGUAAGAUAACGCUAUCCGACCUGAAGCGGUGCAAGCUGACGCCGAUCUUCUACGACACGUUCUUCAACCUGGAGAAGUACUUGGACCACGAGCAACGAGACCCGUUUGCCACGCAGCGCGACUCCGACUGCGAGAUGUCAGAAUGGGAUAGAUUCGCAGCGGAAGAAUACGAGCUACUGGUAGCAGAAGAGGGCGGUAGCGACGCGCAGGACCAAAUCUCAUACGAUGAGACGGACGAGGACUGUCUGUCACCAAAUCUAGAUGAUAUCACGAACACGGAAGUAAUAGAGGACUCGAGCGUGGAGGAGUCGACGUUGAGCGACGGCGCGCCGCACCCGCCCGGCGCCCGCCUGCACCCCGCCGCGCCCGGCUACGUCAACCUCAGCUCCAUAUACUCGCUCGGCAACGACCGCUGGGGAGCCAACGCCGCCACCGCAUCGGCACCCAAGAACGGUCUCCCAGAGAAGAAGAUGGAGAAACCAAUACCCCCGGAGAAGCCGGUCAGUCUGAUGAUGGUUAACGGCAAAUUGGAUAACCGAUACGCCGGCUUUGGUAACAACAGUUUCUUGUACUCGCAUCUGCUCGGCUCGAGCGGGGCGCGGGCCAAGGACCCUCCCCCGUACACGGCGGCCACCGGCGGACUCUUCGACAAGUCUGGAGAAGUGAAAAAAGCCACGUCGCCGGUAAAAGUUAAAUCACCAAUCACGAGUCCCGUGAACGGUGUGAACAAGAUCUCUGACAACUACGAGCGGGCGGUCGCCGAGCGUCUCAGCCCGGCUCGCGAGAUCUCGCGGCUGAACCGCAGUAGCGUGUUUAGUAAGGUGAGCACGGGCGCGGUGGCGAGCAAGGUGAAGCAGAACUCGCCGCGCAAGGACGACGAGGACGACGACUACGCGCGGGACAGCGACGAGUGCUCCAUUUAGACGCGAGUGUUCGGCUCGAGAGCAAUGCGUUGCGAGUUACUUUUACUUCAGUGAACACCAAAGAUCAUUACGUGAUGCAUUACGCCUGUAGUUAGAUUUUGGAACAUUGAACAUGUUGUUAAAGGGUUAUCAGAAACAGAGAAAUAUUUUUUCAACGUAUCCUAGUGGUCGAUACGUGCCUUGUGACGAUUUAGCGGCAGUAGGCGUUUGGACGUUCGUAGCCAUAGUGCGUAGACACAGAAGUGCACUCAUAUCGAUGUAUCGAUGGACUAUAUCGAUGUUGAACGUUCUGUUAACGUAAUCUAGUUUCAGCAUUUUAAUAUUGUAGCGAUCGUGUAUCUAUUAUUUAAUACGUAAUUAUUGUUUAUUUCCCAAUGUAUUAUGCGAUUAUUUUACGUGUGGGUCUAUGUAUUUAUAUUAUAAAGCAAUCGGCGUAUAUGUUUGCAGGUAUUAUAAUUAGAAAUCGCUGUCAAUCUCAUUUACCGUCUGUAGAGUUAUCCACUCAUAUCAUUGCUCCAUCCACAUCAACGCAUUCGAAACAUAAGCUAUCAAAGCAUUCGUCCGUAAAAUUAUCAUGACAAAAAUCAGUGUAAGAAACACGCACACUAAUUUAGUAUUUAGUAGGUAGAUAAAUUCUGAUAAGGGAUCAUCCCAAAGGAUUUACCUGGAAGGGGCUUAGUGUUAACCUAAUUCGUUAAAAUUUGUCAAAUUAAGCAUUAAGAAAUAGAUAAAAUGCAGCUGCAAAACAGAUGUGGAAAUUGUUAUAUCUAUUUGACACUUGAGACUUGACUGCAAACUGGUUCGAGGCGAUGGACGAGUGGUUCUAGAUGUUACGAAUAGGGGUGUAGUCAAGAUAUCCGAAAUCCUAAGUAGGUACUUUAAAAUACAACCAAAUACAUCGACAUAGUACAAGAUAUUAUAUACAUAUUGUUGACACGAAGUAUGACGGAAGCUUUAACGAUUAAUUUGAACAUACUUUGAAAAUUGGUUAUUGUAGUGUCGGUAAGUACAAAAAUAUUACAAAUACUUUUUUUUUAACAAUGCCUUGGAAUAAAUCUUGACUACCCGCGUAUGUUUUCGGAAAUUGUAAUUUUAGGUCCAAAUUAUGUGACUCAGAGGUAACGGAAUCUACAUAGCUAUUAAUGAAGAAUGUAGGGAAGUGCAUGUUAAAUAUUCGUUAAAUACUUUAUUAUCUAACUAGCUAAUUAUAUGAUCCGUGAAUAACCGCAAUAUUCUGCCUUCACUGGACGCUAUGACCAAUUUCAAUCUACUUGUUGUUGGUGAAUACAACAAACGUACCUACUUUUAAUUCUUGUACGAGGUUAUUUAUGAGACAUGUUUACGUGGGUAAUAAAGUAUCUGACGUAUAGAAACGUGAUGAUAGUAAAGGCAGCUGUAAUAUAUGCUUUUAGAUAUCGCUAGGUAGAUCUUCCAUUGUACUCUAUGUCCGCAGGUGCUGUUACGAGAUAAAUGACGGUCUACCAGAUGUACCUUAGUAUAUUACUUCUAUAAAAUAAUACAUAUGUACCUACAAACACACCGCAGCCAAAGAAUUUAAUCUUCAACAAGUCAUACAUAAUUCGUGACUCGCAUUCUCAACCCCGUUUAACAAAUUACUAAAAUGGCAAACAAUUUUGCCACUAAUAUAAUUAUAGUUCAUUUCAAGUUAACAAAAAUCAUUUAUUAGUUAUUACUAAUGCAAAAAAAACUACUUACUCGAUGAUAAAUCGUUAAAAUUGUUUCAAAAACGAUGUAUGUUUUUCCAUACAAUAAAAAUUAUUGUGCCUUUAUUUGAAUUCUUGGAUCACAUGAAUUGUUUGAAAAUUUUCUUCUCUAUAUUCAUACUUUUUUUUAAACUAGUCAUCUCCAUAAUAUUGAAAUUGAUUCAUUGUUCAUUGAUCUAACAUUUGCCAAGUAUUAACCAAAACGAUUGUUCACAUUAUUUAACAAAUUUUAUUAGUAUGUUGUGUACUGUUAUCUUAAUAUAAUUUUAUUAAAAUUUAAGGGUAUGUUUUAUAUACCAAUUUUGAGCUGUUUAGAGUUAUAUUUAGUUAAUUUAGAUAUUUGGAUCGAAUGUGUUACCGAUUCUUCAUGGCGAAGUAUUGUGUCUUAGUAUGUUGUUUUUGUUAACCUUCGUUUACUUACAAUUACUAUAAAUAUAAUAUUUAGAAAAUGUGUAAAAUUCGUCUAAGUAUUAUUAAAUUUUUAAUGGUAUAAUUAUGAAAUGCCUCUUGGAUAAACUAACAGAAUUUACGCUGAAUCCAGAUUUGAAAUAGUGCCAUUUAUUUCUCAAAGCUCAAUAUUUAAUAAAAGUCAUUAAUAAACAUUGUACCUAUCAUGUCGCCGCAUAAUUUGAUUGGCUAGAUUAAUGAAACAAAGAACUUUAACAUCGCCUAAAGUUAUUAUUAGUUCGUGAAGUUAUCUUCGUUGCUUGUUUAAUAUAUUUAGCUUUUCAAAAUCUCAACUCUUCUUUAACUAAGAACGUGACGAUGUAUUUGUUAGUUAGUAUAAAAACGUUCCUUAAACAGCCUAAUGGAUUAAAAUAAUUUUCUCGUUAACUCUUAGUAAAAAAUAUAAUAAUAAGAUAAAUUGGUUUGAAUGAUUUUUGAUACGUGGACACUCCAUGUCGUUUGUAUUUUGUUGUUUAUGUAAAUCGAUUCCUUAUGUAUAACAGUGUAACUAAGGUGACGAUUAUUUUGUAACCCAGUGAAAUUUUGUUAAUGAACUGUUUAA